AUGACUCUUGCCCAUGGGGGUACCUAUAAAUGCUGUGGUUCUUCUAAAAUCUCCUCCUACAGAUGGUCCCUACCUAGCAACCCUGUUAAGCUUUUGGUCACAAGAAACAUUGACAAUGAGACCAAGAACCAGGUGAAGUGUGAUGUCUUGGAGGACAUCCAACUUGAGGACAGACAGAUGGACAUACAUCAAAUGAGGACAGAAGAAAGUGACUGCCUGAAGAUGUGGCAUUACCUGCUCUGCGUGCAGAAGUGUGGCCUCCAGGAGAUGCUAGCAGGUGGUGCUUUUCUUCUCUGCUCAGGGCUGUGUCUGGGGCAGGUGGUGCAAGCACAGCUUGGUACCCUGCCCAAGCCCUCCCUCCAGGCUCUGCCUAGCUCCCUAGCACCCCUGAAGACGCAGGUGACCAUCCACUGCCAGGGGCCUCCAGACGUGGACUUGUACCGCCUGGAGAAGCUGAGGUCCCGGAAGUACCAGGAUCGGCCUGUCCUUUUCAUCAAGACCAUGGAGGAAAGUUUCGCUGGGUGUUACCGCUGCUCCUAUCAGAACGGGACCCUCUGGUCUCCCCCCAGCAACCGGCUGGAGCUGGUGGCCACUGGAGUUUAUGCUAAGCCCUCACUCUCAGCCCAGCCCAGCCUGGCUGUGUCCCAAGGAGGGGAUGUCACUCUACGAUGUCAGAGUCAAUACAGUUUUGACCAAUUCGCUCUGUACAAGGAGGGGGACACUGAGCCCCACAAGCGAUCUGCAGAACAGUACUGGGCCAAUUUCCCCAUCACCGCAGUGACUGUUGCCCACAGUGGGAUCUACCGAUGCUAUAGCUUUUCCAGCAAGUUCCCGUACCUGUGGUCAGCCCCCAGCGACCCCCUGGAGCUUGUGGUAACAGGGACUUCUGUGACCCCCGGUUUGUUAUCCAGAGAACCACCUUCCUCUGUGACAGAAUUCCCAGAAGCCUCCAGAAAACGGAGCAACUUGCACCUCAACAAGAGCUCCACAAUUGUGCCUUCUAGGACUAUCACUGUCUCUCCAAAGGGGUCAGACUCUCCAACUGGUCUUGCUCACCAACACUACACCAAGGGCAAUCUGGUCCGGAUAUGCCUUGGAGCUGUGAUUCUAAUACUCCUGGUGGGAAUUCUGGCAGAAGAUUGGCACAGCAGAAAGAAACCCCUGUUGCUCCGGGUCAGAGCUGUCCACAGGCCACUUCCACCCCUCCCACAGACCCAGAAACCACACAGUCAUCAGGAUGGGGGUCGACCAGAUGGUCAUAACCAUGGGUCCCACCAUUAG